GAAUGGUUGGUGACGGCGGACUCACUGGCACGACUGUGCUUUUUUGAACUAUCUCAAGCGCUUGAGCCGAACGCUUCGCACAAGGAACGGCAGUACAAAUGUCAUUUGGAAGUGACCGAACCAGUCUAUGCGAUGACCAGCAUCCUCGACAGAUUGGUGUGCGGUGAUGCGGCUGGUCAGCUCUCUGUCUACACUUGGGCCGAUGUGGGCAGCUUCUCGCAGAGUGGUCAGCUCGCUCCAAUUUGCAGAUUCAGCGCUUUUCCAACGAAUAUCUCGGCUGCGCCACCAAAUGAAAUAAAUGCGCUAGCAAUGAUGAACGGCGAUCGAAUUCUCUAUGCUGGCGCAAUGGAUAAUGCAGUACGCCUGGCGAGCAUCGAACGCCCCGAUAAGAUAAUUGCAACGUACAGUGGUCACGACGAAUACGUUAAUGAAUUAGCACUGCAGUCAGCAAAUGUGUUUCUCAGUGCAUCCGAGGAUGGUACGGUUCGUCUUUGGGAUACACGUUCCAAGGACAACCAUAUUUUCCGCGUGGCUGCAAACGAAAAGCUUCGACAAGACAGCUCUGGCCGAGGAAUUUGCGCUUUAGAUGCUGAGGAAGAUUUCAUGGUACGUUUUCUUGUGUGGAUUUCGAAGCAUAAAUUUCUUUAA